AAUAAAUUUAUACAUCGAGAUUUUCAUAGCGGAAAUAUAUUAUUCGAUUUAAAUAAAUUAUCAAUGGAAAAUUGGUGAUCUAGGAUUAUCACAUUCUGUAGAUAAUAAAUCAUCAAAUAAUGAAAUAUAUGGAGUUAUACCUUAUAUUGCACCAGAAAUAUUUAAAGGGUCAGCAUUUUUUAAAGAAGCUGAUGUUUAUAGUUUGGGUAUGAUUAUGUGGGAACUUACAACAGGUUGUAAACCUUUUUCUAAUGUUAAACAUGAUCAUAGUCUUGUUUAUAAAAUUCUUGAUGGAGAACGACCUGAAAUUACAGAAGACACUCCAGAAUGUUAUGCUAAUUUAAUGAAAAGUUGUUGGGAUCAUGAUCCAAAAAAAAGACCUUCUAUAAAAGUGAUUCGUAAUACAUUUGGUAGUUGGGCUUUUAGAGGUAAAAACAAAGCAGAAUUUGAACAAGCUGAAGCAAAACGAAAGAAACUGAUAGAAUUAAAGAAGAUUGGACCUGAAUUUGCUGAAAAAUAUCACUCGGAGGCAAUUUAUACAAGUAGACUAUUAAGUGAUAUAAUUUCAAAAUGUUCAUCCACUAAUUCAUUUUCAACAAUUUCAUAUGGAAAUAAACAAGAUUCUAAUUAUAUCUCAGAAGAAUUAGAGCUUGAUAUAGAUACUGAAAGUCUAUCAUCACAAAAUUUAAUAGAAAAACGUAUUAAAACUAGAUAA